CAGAAGUGUUUUAUGAUUUAAAGUUCUUUUUACAUAUUGAAAAUCUCGCCAUAAUUACUUGAAAUUUUAAAGAAAACGUUCAAAUAAGCUCACUUCAGGUGGUGAUAUCCCAAUACUGUGCGUAGUAACGCCUGUAGGUGGCCAGCAUAAUCAAAUUAGAUAUUCAAGAAUUAAUUAAUUAACGAAAUAUAACUCUUAUUUGUAAUUUCUACAAAAGAGGUUCUACUAAAAUUAGUUUAAAAUAAAUUCAUGUAAGACGUUUAUGCAAUGGAUAGACGAACAAGCUUGACGAACAAAGGUCUUAAUUGCAUUAAAAACAACAGUUUAGAGGGCGAAGACAUAGAAACAAGUUUAAACAACAGCGGAAAUUACUCCAUUAUCAAAAGUAACAACUUAUCCACAGAAAACAUCGAAGAUGGAAGCUAUUUGGAGGGUUAUACAUCAGUUGUUAGCACUAGGAUGAAAAGACUGGAAAAGAUAUUCGAAAAUCUAACAAAUCGGAAGGAAUCAUUAAAAAACGAGAUCAACGUCCUAAAAACAAAUAUAACCAAGGUAGCGGAAAAGAUGCACUCAAAGAUCGAUCAAGACUGUUCCGAUUUGCUCGAAAAAACAGAUACGUACUAUAAAAACGAAGAGCAGAAAUUGGACAAGUUACAAUCUCAGUUGAUGGAAAGCAUGAAAGCCGCGGAGGAAUUCAAUAACUUUGUCCAGCAAGUCAAACAGUCAUGUUCCGUUGAAGAACAAAACGAGCAGCAGAGUGAGAUAAAAAGCAGACAACAACAACUUGAUUCAGUGAAGCAUGAUGUUGCUUUCGGCUCAAUCAAGUUUUUCAGUAAUAAUGACGUUCUCGGCAAUAUUAUUGGAAAAGUCAAAAUCAACGAUACAGACACUUCAGAUCCAUACGCUGAUCAGCCAAAAGAAAUUGGUUUGAUUGAAGGCAACCAAAUGGUAGCAGGAGUUACAAUGUUGAACGAACGAAUAUAUAUCAUCAGAGAAUUGCUGCCAAAUGUUGAGGUUUAUAUGGCGGCUGAUCUAUCCAGAUACAAAAUGCUCAAACUGGAAGGACUCAGAAAACCUUCAGACAUAACUGGUGAUGUUAUCUCAGGUCAUGUAUAUAUAAGCGAUGCCGUUGGCUCCAUCUACAAGUUGCAACCAGACGAAAACGUCCUCACAAAACUUCCAGUUGACGUAUCCGGAGAGCCUCAAGGAAUCUUCGUACUACCAGCAGAAGCUGCGAAUGCAGGCAAUCUUUUGGUCACUUGCUACGACUCGAGACAGCUGAAGGAAUUUACACCGGCCGGACAACUGGUUAAAUCAAUACGCUUUCAACAGGACGUGUUGAGUCCUUGGCAUGUUGUGCCUAGUUUGAGAGCUGGAUGGUUAGGCGGAGGAGAUGGACUCGUGGUGAAGAAGUACGCACUGUGCCACGGCUGGGAAGGAGGUAAACAGCACAGAGUAUGCUUGAUCGACGACAGUGGCAGAAAUCUAAAAACGCACGGUGCUUCGAACGGAUCGGGUGCAGCCAAAUUAGACGUUCCCUCAAGGAUGGCCGUUGAUCCGUAUGGUUAUAUUUUUGUGGCAGAUCGGAACAACGAUCGAAUCGUUCUUUUGAGUCCUAAUUUGGUGUACGUGCGGGACAUCAUCAGCAGAUCCUACGGAGCCAGACAACCACGCCGUGUGCACUUGGAUUCGCUCAACGGAAAGUUGUACGUUGGUUUGGUAGAUGGAUCUGUCAGAAUUUUUCAACUUUCUGACUAUCAAAACGGCACAUAAUUAUCACGAGUUAAUAAAUGUAAACACAACUAUAUGAAUUACUUAAUUAUAUUUUGCAAGGACUAAGCAUUAUUUAUUUUAAAUUAAGAGAACGAUAUCCUGGCACAAAUUAUUACUAAGUAUUUGUUAUAUGACACAUUUUCAAGAUGUUCAUCUCAAAAAUAUAUAAAACUUGCUUUGAGGAGAGAAAGAAUUUUCACGAGCAAAAAAAUAAUUCACACACAUACAUGCACGCACAUACAUUCAAAAUCUAGAUGAAGUAAAGAUUUUCUUAACAGAAAGUUAAUGCAUUAAGUUGAAUAUCGUUGUAAAUAUGAGCGAGCAGAAUGAAAUAAUCCACGCAAUCAAAUGGAGAAAAACUUAAAGCAUUAAUAGAAAGAUCAUCUCUUUUAAAAAAAAGUUUGAUACAU